AUGGCUAAAACUCAGGUGGGUUCUUCUGCGAAGGAGACUCUCUUCCGCCAAGAAGCGCCCGGGGGCAUCACCUAUAGAAUUCCAGCCCUGCUGUUCUUGCCCGACAAGUCCCUCUUCCUGGCUUUUGCGGAGAAGCGGUCCUCACCCAGAGAUGAACAUGCCAGGUUCCUGGUGAUGAGACGAGGGCAGAAGGAAGGGAAGUCUAUCCAGUGGGGCCCUCAAGUGUCUCUGAAGACAGCCAGGCUUCCCGGCCAUCGCACCAUGAACCCUUGCCCGGUGUACGAGAAAGAGAGUGGCCGAGUUUUUCUGUUCUUUAUCUGUGUCCGGUCCAACACAACAACAUGGCAUCAAAUCAUAACAGGAAAGAACGCCGCCAGGCUGUGCUACAUCUUCAGCCAAGAUGGCGGCCGCACAUGGAGCCAGUUGACUGAUUUGACCAAUGUGGUGCUUGGAGAUGACUUGAGGAAGUGGGCCACCUUUGCUGUUGGGCCUGGCCACGGGGUACAGUUGCGCUCUGGACGCCUGGUGAUUCCCGCGUAUGCUUACUACAUCCAUUGGCAUUUCUUUGGCAAGCCGAUCCUCUUCCAAACCAGGCCUCAUUGCUUCACUUUCUACAGCGAUGACGGAGGCCGGAACUGGGCCCGGGGCUGGCUUGCCAUGAGCUUCCAGAUGGAAGAGUGCCAAGUUGCUGAGUUGACCCGCCCGGACAGUGGCCAAGUAUUAUACUGCAAUGCCCGCAGUCCAGAAAAUUACAGGGUUGAGGCCUUCAGCACAGACAAUGGGAACCAGUUUAAGGAGUAUUUCCUUUGCAAGAAGUUGCCCGAGACAGCAAAAGGUUGCCAGGGGAGUGUGGUGAGCUUCACCCCAGUGCUGCAGCCCUCACAGAUGGACCACACGGAAGCAUCCCUCAAGACUCCCAAGCAAUGGCUGCUCUUCUCUCACCCCAUUGGCAGACGCAGGCGAGUCAAUCUGGGAAUCUACCUCAACACUUCCCCACUGGCAAAGGGCAACUGGAAGGACCCUUGGGUGCUGCACAAAGGGCCCAGUGGCUACUCAGACCUUGCUGUGUACCAGGAGGGCCAGUCGCUGCUCUUUGGUUGCUUGUUUGAGAGUGGAGUGACCAGAGAAUAUGAAGAGAUCGCCUUCCAGCUCUUCAGUAACAUUGAGCUUUUGAAGAACGUGAAAGGUGUCUGA